UUAAAACCGAAACAAACGAGCAUCGAUGUCAACAAUCAACAAAGGUGAAAAUGGCGUCAACUUCUGCUGCUUUGGAAGGCUUACCUAAACAGUUUGUGGCAUCUAUGAAAACUCUGUUCGAUGUAAUGGACGAUAGGAAUAGUGGAUACGUCAAACUUACAGAUUUGGAAAAUUUCUGGAGUGAAGAAGGCCUUUCUGGUCUACCUAAAGGUGUGAUUGAAAGCUUACGUAAAGUGACUCCUACAUCUGGUUUGCUUUCGUUUGAAAGAUUUUGUGCUGGUUUAAAAAUUUGCCUGCUUAGAUAUCAAUCUGAUCAACAGAAAGUUGAUUUAAAAGUUCCUCUGCGAUCCCCUUCUGCUCCUAUUCUGGAUCUAGAAAAUGGGUCCACCCCACCGCCAAUCCCUCCACCCAUUCAUCCUCGUAGUCCUACAGCUACUGUAAGGCCAAACAAUGCCCUUAUGCUACAUAGCAGGACACUCAGCAUGCCUUUAUUGGCAGCCAAUCAACUAGCAGCAACUGAAGAAGAGCCACCUCCUGUUCCAGUGCACAUGAGAAAACCGGAAACAUCUACUGCAAUAAAAGAAAGAAGAGCAGGAAUACACAGUGUCUAUGGCAAUGUUCCACUGUUCAGGAACACUCCUCCCCCACUGGUUCCAAUGAUGGGGCCUCCAAAACCUCCUCGUGUAGUGCAAUCUUCAGCUCCUCAGAAUAAUGUUAUCACCAAUGGAGCCCUGAUGAUGAGAACGCGUUCCGAAAUAUCAACUCGUACUAUGGCUCCAACCAAGGGUAUUGUAAUCGAGAACAAGAACCCCUUACCGGUGGCCUCCAUAGCAGAGAGAUUAAUAGCUAAAGCCGAAUAUACAAUUUCCACGCUAAAAAUUUACUGUUUCAGAGGAAAUAAUAAAGGCGUUGGCAGUGGAGUAUCCGGUAAAAAAAGAGAACCACGGCGACACACUUUACAGAAUGGAAUUGACCAGAGCAUGCUACGCAGGAUUCACAUGUUAGAACAAGAGCGUCAAGUGCUUACUAGUGGUUUGCAGGCAUUGGAUAGAGCCCGGGAUUGGUUUAACUCACAGUUGAUCGAUGUUAAAGAUAGAAUCGAAUCGUUUGGAAAAUCUACGGUUGGCUCAAACGAUUAUUCAACCGACGCAGCAUCAGAGCGUUUGGGUUUCAAAAUCUCCCGAAUAGAGGAUGUUAGCCGGCAACUCCUUGUACUUAUUGAAAAUGCUGAUCGCGGAUUCCCUGCCCAUAUGAAUCUCGCUUUGGCCGAUCGUAAAAAAGUUACCAAAGCUCCUGGCGAUGGAGGUAUUGACGAAAACAACGAAGAGGAAGUCAACCGUAUCCUCCGUCGUUUAAAAAUUCAGAAUCAUCAAUUGACCGAAGAGGUUGGCCGAAAAAGUGAACGAAUCACUAUGCUAGAAAAGGAAAAGGGAUCUCUCAUACGCGAACUUUUUCAAGUCCGAAGUCAACCAUCUAACAGAACAAACAGCAACCAUCAUACAGCAGAUGAUAAUACGUUGAUGACCCGUCGUAAAGCGAGCUCCGAAAAGGAAUAUGAGGACAAUGCAUCGUCUUGCAGUACUCCGCCUGCCAAAGACAAGGAAAAUUGCUUCCCUUCAUCCAUUAGAGAAAGACCAUCAUCUGAUGACGAUCAACAACAGCGGCAGAUCAUUGCGUUACGGAAAGAUUAUGACCAAAAUGUUGCAAUGACCAUAAAGGAUAUGCUUGCAAAUAAACAAGUUAUGAUUGAAAAGCUAACAGUGCGAUUCUAUACGGCAUCAUUGAUGAAGAUGCCAGAGAAAAUUAAGAAGAUGAAAUGGGCUGAUUAUUUGAAAAUGAAGGAAAAUGUCAGUCAAGAAACUCCCAAUGUUUUGCCACAAAAUGACAAUCCUUCACAAGAAUCAAUUUCUGGCCUUCACACUUUUGCAGUUCCAACAGGGCUAUCUAAAAUGGAAACCCCUGCAUUACGAUCCUCUUCACGAUUAGCAAAAAAUAAAAUUCCUAUCAUCACCCCAAAAUUUGAUCCAUCCACUGGUGCUAUCAUUAACAAAAGGCUUCCAAAGCCAGGAGAGGUGUUAUUUUCCCUUAAGGGUAGCCCAGUUGCUAGUAACACACAUUCGGCAAAGCUGUCUGCACGGGAGUUGUCUAGCCUAGCCGCAACAGAAGAUAAGGACCUAGUUGUUGCUUUCUUGAAGAAACCAGAAAAUUUUAACACGUUCAAAGCUUUUGAGAAAACAUACAACAGUCACAAGAUGCGCAAAGAAUGAAAUGGCGAUUUUUGUGUUCUUUCCAUGCGGUCUUACCCGUCGAUCAAACAGAAUCCUUAUGACCAAUCGAUCAUCGAAAUCACACGUGUAUAAUCCCAUAUAAUACAAUUUAAAAAUAUUCACACAUUAUGUUCAGCUAACCAGGCAGGAGACACAAUGUUCUCUACAUUCGCUUCAUACUAAUGACGCAGUGUAUCCCAUGCGUUCUUUUUAGAUUUUAGAUAAAUAUUUCGGGAUUUGAGACAUACAAAUGUCAAUAAUUGUUACGGCCUUUUAACGUGCGAACUUCUUAAUAAUAAAAAAUGCUAUGUUGUGUGUGA